AUGCCACAACAAUCAAUUCCAGUUGAAGAUAAAUUGACGCUCGUGCAAGAUCCAUUUACUAAUGAGACUCAAAUAAUUGAAGGUACUUCUUUUCCUAGAGGACAACAACACUUUAUUGACAACUCAAGUGACAAGUUAAAGUCUAAACAAAGUGGCCAACUUCAGAACCCGCACAAAAUGACGCAAGAUUCAUUAAAAAGGCUAGAAGUAGAAUCAGCAUCGAGUGAAUCGGUUAGUGCUGCGGCAAUUACACAGUAUCCUUACUAUAAUCUAGAUGAUGUCAUGGUUUCGCCUAGUCCAAACAGUCAGAGUCAAAGUCAGAGCCAAAUUAGUCACAAAUAUACACCGCCGAGUCCCAAUAAGCAACAAUAUAGUGGAUCUGGAUCUGGAUCCGGAUCAGCAAAAGGACACCAGCGAAUUAGUUAUGAUGGAAUACCAUUAAGUCCCAUUGGCGAUGAUGCGUUUAAUCAAGUACCUAAACGAUUUUCCCAAUUUAUUAUUGAUCAACAAAACCCAUACAUUUCUCAAAGAUUGGAUAAUUUAUCAAUGAUUUCAUCGAGUUUGAAAUCGGAUCAUGUUGGGCACAAAAAACACGAUGAUGGCAGUAGUAGGAAUGAGCGUGACACGACGCUGAGCCUGAAUCAUAACAAAAGCAAAACCACCCAUGGCUCUUCUCCAAUUGAACUACCAAGUUCGAGAUCAAGGUCAAAUAACGACUUCAAUUUGAAUCAUCAUAGUACUCAACUAUCAUCGGCUCCUACUCGUGAUGAUGUGUCCGACUCAAUGGGAUCACAAGCGACAAUCUUUUCAACAAGACAAGAACCAGAAGCGUUGUUAUUGAUAAAUCGUCGAGUCAGUAAAAUAAACACCGGCUUAAGCAAGACAAAAUCAUUAUUCAAUAAAAACAAAAGCAACGGCAAAAGGUCAUCUAAAUCAAGAACUGUGAAUCGAACUAGCACCGUUCGUUUAUACAAGAGUCCAACUUCAUCAAUCACAUCAUCUUUGCUAAUGAAUCGAAAUGCAAAUGGAAAUAACAGCAAUGUUAGAGGAGCUACCGGUAGUGCCACUAGUUCCUCUCUUCAGUCGAGUACUAGCCUAACUAGACAUAAUGCAAUCAAGACGAAAAAGGGAAGUUGGUGGUAUCGAUUACAGUUGAAAAUACGGCAAUUUUGGACAAAGUUUAAAUUCUACAAUUUUAAAGCAUCUUCAUCGAAAAAAAGACAGGUCAGCAUCAAGAAACGGGGAAAUAGCUAUAAGAAUGUUAGCGCCGCGAGGGGUGAAACUAGAGGAGUAUCUUCUUCAAAUUUGAAAAAAUCGAAAUCAUUGGUUCGAAAAGUGAGAGAAAAUCCGCAGAAUCAAGAUUUGAAACGAUUGACAUCGAUUAAAUUAUCACCGGGUAAUAAAUUAAAUCAACAAAUGGAGAAGGAUAAAGGAGUCAGUGGAAUUCGUAGUGGGUCCAUUGCUGGUGCUAAGAGGUUGCAAAUUUCUGCACCAGUGAAUAAUCCUGAAUUGGGUAAGUUGCUGAAGGUUGAAAGAGUCGAGUUGAAUGAUGAUUUGAAACGAUAUGCUGGUGCUCAGCAUUUACCACCAGCUUCCCAGCAACAAGGACAUCAACAAGGACAUCAACAACCACUGCAGCAUCCUCAUCAUAUACAAAAUAACCAAUUACUUACACCAGAAGAAAUUGCCGAUGAAAGUACUGGAAAAUACAAUCAUUUGUCAAACUAUAUCAACCAACAAGAAUCAAGGUACUUAUAUCAAUCACAACUCAUGAAUCAGGAACCACAAAUCCAGAGCGGACGACCAAGAGGAGGAAUAACAACAGGAGCAUCACCUUCGGGAGCAGGAGCAGUACCCAUAGCAGUAGGAGUACUUAAUUCAAAGAAACCAUUAGUUGUCGAUGAUGACAACGAGUUUCCAUCACCUCAAAUAGGAACCAGUGAAAUUGAUCAACCUUCAUGGACUUCAUCUUCUGCUGUUACUAGCCAAGCCCCACCACCUGUACCGCCGCCUCAUUUGGAUACUAGUUAUAUGACACAACACCUGAGAGAAUUACACCAUCAUCAACAGCAACAGGAAGGAGAAGGAGAAGAAGAAGAGCAGGUGUAUACUGAUGAGGAAGAGGAGUUGGAUAAGAACAAGAUAAACCAGUUGUGGCAAAGUUAUCUAAUGCGAGUAUUGUACAAUCGAAUUCAAUUACGCCAAGAAAUUAACCAAUUUGAGCAGUAUUUGGUUACGAGAGAGACUAGUGAUGUUAUAAAUAUGAUAUUUGAACGUGCUCGCCAUGAUGCUGAGCUGGAAGAUGAGAGAACAACAAUUGGCCAUGCGCCAUCGAGGAACACGUCCAUUGUGACAUCGAAGCCCGAGCCCGAUUUUAAGAGUAAGGAUAAUGCUGGAUACAUUAAGUCACAUUCUAGGUCUGGAACGAGAGGUGAAACUAGUGUUGCUGAAGAUACUCCAGUUGGUGUUGAUAUUGAUACAGAAGCUAAUAGUGUGGCUGCAGUUGACGUUGACGCUGACGUUGGAGUUGGAGCUGCUGCUUCUGCAUCGUCGAUUUAUUCCCAAGAUGAUGUGAUCUCGACAACUACAUUCUCAACCAUCUCCUCAACCACAACAACGAAUCAACAUGGUGAUGUCUUUAUUGAUCCCCAAGAUCAAGAAUUCACCAGUACGGUACUCAAUCGAAGAUCAAUGCUUGGUGAGAUGUUAGAAUACCACUCAUCUGAAGAAGACGAGGGAGACGAAGAGGGAGACAAUGAUGAUACAAUAUCGUAUUACGAGUCUGUUAGUCAAUUGAAUAGGUCUGCAAUUGGAUCAGUCAAGACACAGGGCAGUCUUGUAAGUAGUACUGGUGGGUUGGAUGAAUUGAGGCGGUAUGGGACGGUGAUUAAACGUCCCUCAUUAAGGGCAAAAUCUAAUCGUCCUGGUGUUAGUGGAAAUGCCAAUGGAGGGGCUAUUAAUGACAAUGAUGAACAAGCUUUGUUACCGAAUAAUGGCAGUCCACUGGGAUUGAAACGGAGUUUUGGUUUGGUUCACAGUCUAAGUCAAUUAACAACAAAGUAG